AUGGGGCGAACAAGGGAAUCUGCUGGAACAAGCCAAGGUCAGAGUACCACGAGUGUUGAUCCGAAUCGAAGGCCUAUCACAAAAAAAUGGGUUUCGUUGAUACUGUGUUUGGCAGCUCCGAGCUCGGUCGUAAUUCAUCCCACUCGAUGUGGUUAUCCAAACGCGUUGAGACACCUCGGUUUACUUGAAGAUGCAGAGACAUUGUUUCAAACCAUAGGCCUUGAGAAACCUUGGGCACUAGAACACUUCACAUACCCCAAGUUACUGAAGGAGUUCUUAGCAACAUGUCGUCUCCGUUACAAUGGUCCUCAAGACCCCGUAGCAAGUGAGGGAACACUCACAUUCUUCUUAAACAAGAAACAUUUUUCUAUGUCACUCUUUGAGUUUUGUGAGGUCAAUGAGGCAAUUGAUUAA